AUGUAUUCAAAAAUCCAGUUAUCAAUGGAACACUUACCAAGACAAAAGGGCUUCGGCUGUCUUUCACUCAAAUUUGGAUGCAUAUUCUCAGGCUUGCUUCUUAUUCUGUACUGCGUCCUAGCACUGGCAAAAUGCGCAGCUCUGCUAGUUUUUAUCCACCAAGGUGACGAUAUUGACCAAGAAGCUAACUAUACUGUGGUCAUAUUUAUCGGCAUUAUUCAUUGCGUGACCAUGCUCUUCACCACUAUGAUGCUAAUUGGAGCCAUUAGAGAGAGACACCAACUGAUGAAGCCUUGGAUCAUAUGGAUGUCGUGUCAGUUGACGGCAGGUCUCCUCUUGUUCCUCUUUUGGACGACUAUGGCUAUGAUUCACCAUUCGCAGACAUCCCUGGUGGUUUACAUCGUCGACUUUAUGUCACUCUUGAUCCGCUUCUACAUGUUGGUGUUAGUCUCCAGUUACGCAAAGGAUCUAGAAGAAGAAUUAGGAAAUGAUCGACUCAAGCGCCUACUGGAAGCAGAUGAACCUAAAUACAGCGCCGUAUAA